GUGCAACUACAUUCCCUCUCUUCAGACUUAUCUGGCCACGUGCUAAGCCAAACAAUAAAAAAGCCGACUGUGCCGACUAAGACUUUCACAAAACAUUAACUAAAGCCGUCAGACUAAUAACAAACGCUGGAACUGUUUACUACGAUUACCGGUUUGGCAUCAGCUGAUUGGACAGGUUUCUUGGCUCGCAUAGUAAAACGUCGAAUUCAUUUUCAUUCAUAAAAUCCAAAUAAACAAACUCUCGACUUGAAGUUCAUCCGCUCCAACAGAAAAUGAACUCCAGACGUAAACAGAGACUCAAGCCGUUGAGAGCGACAAACUGAGCUUAAAACUUACUAACAAGCAGAAACCGAGCUCAGAUCGUUUACAGCGUUCGGGCAGAGCGCUUAUCUUGCAUUUGGAGACGUUGAGUUGAGUUUUGCGGACGCCGUUGUCUUGCGCGUUUCGUUUUGAGAUACUUUUGAAACCGAAUUUUAUACUAAAUUUUUAUACUAAAAAAAAAGUGAUUUCAUACGCACUUGACUUGGUUACGAGAUACGAGAUAGCAAUACCAAGCUAAUUUAGUAAAGGCUAUUGACGGACAUUGGCUUAACAACAGGCAACUUGUUUUCUUAUGGGAACUGUGGGUCUAUCAUUAGAGAUCUGCUAAGGUGAUUACAAAGCGGAAGCGUGCGUGCAAAUUUAUUAGGAUUUGUGUUUAUCGUUCAAUUGCUGGCGUUGGCUGUAUCGGAUGCCAAAAGAGUUCCGUGUAUAAAGAGGAAAAAAUAAUUAAACUUACAGUGUUAAACAAUUUUUAAUUUUACAAAAAAAUUUUAUAACAUAAAUAAAGGAGAAAAACAAUAAACCAGCGUGCUAACUGGAUUUUGCAAAGCACUAUAAAAUAAAUAAAAAUAAAAAAGUUAAAUUAAAUUAUAAAGCAACAUUUACUAUAUCAGCAACAACUAUUAAAUAUUAACAACAACAACAACAACAACAACAAUAGCAACAACAACUGCUACUACUUUUCAAAACUAUUGUAUUUUUGCAUUGAAUAUAAAUUUUCUGCACUAAUAAUUCCAAAGGCAGCAAAAAAUUAUAUACAAAAAGUGUUUCAGUUUCAAUUUUGAAUUUUGUGUUGUUUUUUUUAACAUUUGCUGACCACAUUACGAAAUUAUAUGGAUUGCAAGUGCUGAGUGAAGUGAAGUGAACCAGUGGCAGUGGCAACAACACUUGUUUUCCUACUUGAAACGUGAUAAACAAAAAUUAAUAUCAACUUUUUCUUGAAAAUAUUAUAAUAAAAAAUUAAAUAAAUACAUAAAGCAUAAAGCAUAAAACAUAAAAAAUUAAUAAUAAAAAAAGUAAACAAACACUGCCUAGAGUAACAGUGACCCCAGCUCAAACCUGAACGAGACGGUGCCCACUUCGCCACACUCGAAACUCGAAUCAUCAACAAACCAACGAAAGUCGAGCCAACGAAAGUGAAAUUUCUUCGGUCUUCCACUAGUUUGUUGACUUCGCAUGAAAUUUUGGUGUUCUGCUGGUCUGCUGGUCUGCUGCUCUGCUGCCUUCGAUGACUUAAGUCUUAAUACCGCUUAAGAUUGUCUACAGCUGCUGUCAUUAAGCCAAAUUGAAAGUGUAUCUCUUUCCCAAAAUCAAAAAUUCGAAAGAAGCGUACAAAACUAGCUAUUUGCAGUUAUCUGAAGUGAAAUUAACUUCAACUUACAAAAACUUUCUUUGGCUUUUAACCGUAAAAUGUUGCAUAAAUUAAAUUUUUCGACCAAACUUUUGGUGCUAGGCUUAGUGUGUCUACUCUUAGUAGACAACAACUUAGCUAAACCAAAACAGGAUAAAAAGGAUGCUGCUGCUGCUGAAGCAAAGGAUGCUAAAAAGAAUGAUGAAUUCCCUGAAGAGGAUUCAGAUAUGCUGAUGGAGCCAAAUGAUUACACGCCCAUCACAGUGCUACGCUCACAUGAACAUUCUUAUCAUGUGCCACCAACACAUGAAUUUCGUCCCAUUAUAAAUACACAAAUUUCACCACGUUCCGAUGCUGCUCCAAUUGACUCACACACACAAGCAGCUCAAAACUACUAUCCACCAUUUUUCCGUGAAAUACCACCGCUAGGUCACUCAAGACCAUACUUCCCUCUACCCGAUGUCCCAGUUGUACCUAAAUAUGCUGCUCCUCAUCCAGAAUCUCUAACAUCAGCACCACAACGUAGUUUCGAUACUGCCCUUUUAGGUUCGGGCGAUUUUGGUGUUCUGCGUGGUGGCACAUUCUAUCCAGAAGAAGAAAUGCCCUAUCAUCCAGAUGACAACAGUGAUUUCAAUCAAUUUUAUGGUGAUUCUAAUAACGGCCAUGGCCGUCCAUCAACUGAAGGCUUCAUUGAAAAGUACACUUAUCCUGAAGAACAAUUUGCCAACUUCCGCGACUUCGCUGACAUCAAUACACCCGCCGACUCUGCCUUCUCACAGUUUGUUGUUGUGUAUGCAGCCAAAAACUCCACAAAUCCCAGCACACAUAAGCGACCCAAAAAUAUAUUUGAGCAACUGGAACAAUUGGAUCGUGAAAAAGAAUUGGAAGAAAAGAAAAAUCGCACAAGUAAAUCCAAAUCAAAAUUGGCCAAAACAAAAGUUCAGAAAAAAUACAAAAAGAAAGCGGCUCCGAAAGAUUUAGAUUAUGAGCCAUUGUUGGCUCUGAGUUAAAUGUAAAAAAU